GGCAAUCGAUGGCUAUGCAGCUCUGGCGGUCCAACAUAAGAGAUUACCACGUGAAGUGAAAUUGUGCGAAUUUCAUCACGACGUUUAAAGUGAUUUCCGGACAUAUAAACAAAAUCCAGAGCGCACCAAGCAGCAGGCUCAGUCAGGCCAGUAAAUCCGAAAAGAGAGUAACCACCAGGAAAAGAGAAACCACGUACAUACAGAGAAAAUGGCGUUGCGCGUGCAAUUUGAGAACAACGACGACAUCGGCGUCUUCACCAAACUAACCAACACAUACUGCCUGGUGGCCAUCGGCGGAUCCGAGACCUUCUACAGCGCCUUCGAGGCGGAGCUGGCCGAGACCAUCCCGGUGGUGCACGCGAAUGUGGGCGGCUGCCGGAUCAUCGGCAGCCUCACCGUGGGCAACCGGAACGGCCUGCUGGUGCCCAACUCCACCACCGACGAGGAGCUGCAGCACCUGCGCAACAGCCUGCCGGACGCCGUGAAGAUCCAGCGUGUGGAGGAGCGCCUGUCCGCGCUGGGCAACGUUAUCGCCUGCAAUGACUAUGUGGCUCUGGUUCACCCGGAUCUGGACAAGGAGACCGAGGAGAUCAUCGGGGACGUGCUCAAGGUGGAGGUCUUCCGCCAGACCAUCGCCGACAACACACUGGUCGGCUCGUACGCCGUGCUGAGCAACCAGGGCGGCAUGGUGCACCCCAAGACGAGCAUACAGGACCAGGACGAGCUGUCGUCCCUGCUGCAGGUUCCCCUCGUGGCCGGCACAGUGAACCGGGGCAGCGAAGUUCUUGCCGCCGGCAUGGUGGUCAACGACUGGCUGUCCUUCGUGGGCAUGAACACCACGGCCACAGAGAUCUCGGUGAUCGAGAGCGUCUUCAAGCUGAACCAGGCACAGCCCGCCACAGUGACGACCAAGCUGCGUGCGGCCCUCAUCGAGGACAUGUCCUAAGCGAAACUGUCUACAUUUUCUACUUGAUAUAAGGAUUAUCUGUUAUCUUCUACAACAUUUCAUUUAAGAAAUACAACACAAAACUAAAACAAA